AGUAAGUCAUUAGUUGGCAGAACAUACAUACAUUGCAGGCAAUUGCGCUAAAAAGUGAAUUACUUUGUUUGCGACGGACCUGUACGUUUUCUUAAAGCGUUCUUCGGUCGCGCGUUAAAUUAAGCUUGUACAAAGUUGUGGUUUCCAUGGAAAGGCAAAGCGUCCUUUAAAUUAACUGUCAUGUUCAAUAAUUUCCAUUUUAUCCGAAAAAAAUCACCUGCCAGAUUGGUUUUGGUAAUCGGUAAACUGUCACACACAAGUAUUCUGUUUAUUUUAGCGUACACCCUCAACUUUUAGCAAAGCUUUCGCUCAUUAUUCAACACGAUUUGCAUCAGAAAACCGCAAAAAAAUGAACUUAAGGCACAUAAAGUUAGGAAAGGAGCAAAAAGUUAACGAAUAGCGUGUUCAUUUCUUUCUCAUCAUAUCCGGCAGGCAAGUAUUACGUAAAAUCUGUUUUCUGCUAGCCAAUCAGAUGGCAUUUUCAAGAUAAUUAUUAUAUUGAACUGACAUAAUUUUAAAUUCCAUGUCAAUAACAUUCUGCCCUAAAAUUAUCAGUAAUCAUAAUCAUAAAAAAAUUAUUGCUUCGACUUGCGUCUAAACUGCAGACAAGUUUUACAGUAAACGCAUAUGUGGAAUGUGCUGGAAAUCCUUUAAACUGAAGAAACUUCAAACAGAAUGAAGAUAACAGUAUUUCUUUCAGGCUUCUUGUGAAGGGCAGUUGGUCAUUGUGAGGUAAAUGUGUGUUAGUCAACGGUGGGAACAAUAAUUAGGUUUGAACGGCUGGCUUUGAAAUUUGAAAUUACAAGGUUUAAGAUAUCUUACAACUAAAGAUAGCCAUUGUCUCUGAAACAAAAAUGCUUGAAGACGAUCGGUUAAAUGUGUGAAAUGUUUGUGAUGAGUUCCCGUCCAUAUUGACCAUAAACUCUUACCGCAAUUCGCCGUAAAAUAUCCUUUUCCAAAAACAAUCUCAAAAAAAGUGUAGUUGAAUUGUAGCUCUGACAUCUUGGAUCUCUUUGUGAGCAUUUGCGACUAACUUGAGCAAAAAUAUCGGUAAUCAGGCUGCUAUUUUUAGUAAUAGCCUUCUCAAGCGUUACAGCAGUUCAUGUAAAAAAUUAUACUUGAAAAGAAAACAAAAAGCACUACGUUUUAUUUAACGAUAAAUAAUUCGACAAGCAAUUCACAAAUAAUGAAAUCAGUUGUGAAAUAUUCCAUCUGCGACUCCUUUGAGAAGGAAACACAUGUUAUGACAGUGUGGUUUCGUUGUUUUUAAUCUAGCCCCAUCGGUGGAAUACUUGGGCGACGUCUGAUGGCUUCUCGCUAAGAAUAAGGAUUUGUCAUCAAUGAACGUUUCUCCUUUAGUAUAGGACCAAGAUUGUGACUAAAAAAGCCUUCAAUAAUUCUCGUUUACUUGCUUUGUGAAAAAACAAAAACAAAACAAGUAUUUUUAAGUCCUGCCUUCACCUUUGUUUUUCCUUUCAGCUGAGUUAUAAGUGAAGAAGAACAUUUUUAUUAACGAUGAAUAAUUCGACAACAGAACACUCCUCAGCGGGAAUUGACCUAAGUAUUGGCAUCCACAUGCAAGUUGUUUUGACUGUGUUGGCAUCAGCCAUCAUCUUUCUUGAUCUGAUUGGUAAUGCCAUCAUUAUCCACGUGAUCCGCAACAGAACGCCCAUGCGCACUACAAUGGAUCUCCUUAUUGUCAAUCUAGCAGCCGCUGACCUCAUAAUGAUUCCAGUCAUAGUCUACUUGGUCAACUUUUUUUUCAACCAGUUUGAUUGGUUUGGUGGUGUUAUGGGGAAGAUCACAUGUCGGUUGGCUAUCUCUCUUCAGGCGUUAUCGGUCGCAAGUUCUGUUUACAGCGUUUUCGCCAUUAGCAUAGACCGUUUCUGUGCAAUCUUUUUCCCCCUGAAGAAGAUACUGACCAAACGGUGUAUCAAAUGGAGUAUUGUGCUCAUAUGGCUUAUUGGUAUCAGCUUUUCUAUUCCUCAGUUUUUGGUGGCAACAGUGAAAGUCGUCGCAAAGAAGCAGAUGUGUGUUCCAAGUUGGAAAAAUAGUGGAAUGUCCUCAAGCGAUUAUACACUUCUCUUUCUUGUGUUUUGCUACGUCGUUCCCUUGGUAACAAUCGCGACGCUUUACCUCAUCAUUGGGGUGAGGCUAUGGAAGAGCACUGCUCCAGGCCAGCACUCGGAACUGGAAAAAGAAAGGAUCAGGAUCACACGACGCAAACCCACUAAAAUGCUAAUUACCAUUGUCAUCGUGUUUGCACUUUGUUGGCUUCCUUUGCAGGCAGCGGAAGUACUGUGGCGUUUUGCCCCGGAAGUGUACUGGAACCUCAUUCCAUAUAAAGUCAAUGUUGUUCUCCCAUGGUUUGGGAUUGCAAACAGUGCGAUCAACCCGCUCAUAUACCCAAUUUUCUGCGAAAAAUUUCGUUCAGAAUUCAGGAGAGUCCUUUGCUUUAUUUGUUUUAAGGAAAGAAAUCGAAAGAAAUCUGGCGUGACCUUGAUAACAGGGCUGCCAAAAUCGAAUCCAGAAAAACGUGAAAGUGUCCAUAAAAAUAGUAACAGCCCAAGUUCUCCGCCUAGAAAGGUUAAGGCUGUUUUUGUAAGUUCUCUCUGAGCUCGAAACACGAUACAAGUUUGUUCAUGAAUGCUAGGAGCAUUCAUUCUUAUAACACUCAAUCCUCCGCCUCUAAUAAAUUCUAUAUAAAACACUCUAGAUUAGAAAUGCAAAAGAAUGUACAGUGGAACCCCGCCUUACGACCACCCCGUUAAUUCGACCACCUCGUUAUUA